AUGGCCGCCCUCUCCUGCUACCAGCCCUGCCGUUCACACCUCGCGCAGCCUGCUAGGUGCUUCGACGAGGAGAGCCACCACAACGCGACGACGCUCUCGCUCCGUCGGCGGCAGUUCAUCGAGCGAUGCCAGGAGAGCCGCGGCCCACGGCACCGGGACAACAUCCCUGAGGUCUCAGUGAAGAGGACCAGGGAGGAGCUGGCGAGGCAUGCGUCCCAGGCGGCGCCACUGACCAGGCGGCUGAACGUCGAGUCGGGCUGGUCCAAGGUCGAGGAGGUGCGCAAGAAGUUCGAGGGAGCGACGGACGUCUCGUAUUCCAGAUCGUUCGAAUCGCCGCCCAGGCGACGCCUCGCGGAUUCGUUGUUCGCCAGUUUCAAGCUACCGCGCAAGAAGGAGGGCAUGGCUGCCCCCAGGUCUUUGCAACCGCAGCCUCAGCAGAAGAGGAAGUCGGCGGUGGAGCUCCUCGCCGAGAGCAAGGCGUUCUACGUUAAGUCCGAGACGGUGCUGGAUAGGAAGCAAGAACUCCCUCUCAGGGUGAGCAGUGGGCUGAGCCAGGCCAUCGCCUCUGGGGGCUGUCACCUCGUCAGCUCCGGAACACUCACCAAUGACAACUGCUGCAACCCCUAUGCCUCAGGAAGGGGUGCGGGGGGUGGGAGGCGGGCGACGAGCGCCGGAGAUGGCCUGCAGAGCACCUUACGCCGCCUCCUGGACCAUACGGACAGCAGGGAGAAUGUGUACGCACCAGCACACGUCCCACCGCACAAGCUGUACGCGGACGUCCGGCGUCCGGAGCCGCGCACGGCGUCCGGCACGCUGUCCGGCACGUCGUCGUCCGGCACGUCCGGCAGCCGGCGCCGGCCCGAGCCGGAGCGCGAGCCGCGCCCGCUGAGCUUCGGCGACGCGCGCGUCUUCUUCCCCGAGUCUUUCGUCAUACCGCGGCACCGGCCCAGCGAGGUGGUCGUCAAGAGCGCCUACUCGAUACCGAGCCCGCAGUCGAGCCCCGAGCAGCUGGAGCUGCCCGAGCCUGUCGCCAGCGGGCCCGGCUCUCCGGCCGACCAGCUUGUCGCGAUAAGCCCGCCCGCCCAGUACGCCCACUCGGCGCCGCGCUGCAUCAGGUCAAAUUCCCAUUCUCAGCCGAGCAUGCGCGAAGAGGACGCCAGCACGAACAUCAACAGCCACAAGUCUCUGCCGGAUCUCCAUGCUCAAGCGCAAUGCUACCCAGAACCCACGAACGUGGGUGGUACUGACACCAUCGGCCGCUCGCCGAGGAGGCGCCGCCACUCAGCCCACCACCGCACCGCCUCCUGCUCCUCCAAAGGCACCAGUUGUUACAGAUCGAAUCAUUCUUCGCUGAUCUCUUCUUGCGAUGCCUUCUCCGAGCAUCCGUCGCCUGGCGAGGAGAACUAUCAGUCCUAUAAUAGCCGCUGCGGCUCUUCGUUCGCGCGCGACUCCGGCGGCUCGAGCGGGCACUACACGCAGCGCAGCGCGCCCCCGCACGCAAGGGCGCCGCGCGCCGACUCCGGCUCCUCCACGCAGCACGAGCACGCCAGGUGCCUCUCACGGCUAUUUGACGACUAUUCGACGACCACUCGACGGCUUUGGGUUGUCGCUUACCGCUUGUUGAACGCGACAGCCGCUACGGCGCCCGGGGACGUGAGCCGCCCGAGUGCUACGUGUCGGCGCCGCCGCAGUUCCAGGACGGCGCCCCCUCGCCGCCCCCGGCCCCCCGCACAGCCCCCGCCCGCCGCGUCUCUUUACGCGACGCACCCCCGCGUAGGCAUACACUUCCAGGCCAGUGCGCCUCCGCCUCAGUUCCAAGACGAACCGCCGAUGUACGACUACGGCGACUACGACUGCAGCUACAAGGCGCCGCUCAAAUGCCUCAACGUGGGCCGCAAGGACUACGCCAACUCCAGGGAGUACUCAAGAUACCACGAGCCCAGCACCGAGCUGGUGAACAAGCAGCCCCAAUACCAAGAGUUGCGGAUCCGGCCGCGCAUUGAUGACAAGCAGGAGUACGUGAACUCUUCUCAGAUUUGCCCGCCGGAGGAAGUGACCUCGCCACUGGGGACGUUUAAACGGCAAAGGUGCCUUCGUUACAAGCAGAGGCGGCCGAGACCGAUACUGCGCUCAAAGUCGGACAUAUCGGACAGGUACCGGCGCGCGGAGGGGCGCGGCCCGCCGUCGGCGCCGUGCGAGGCGGAGGAGGCCGGCGACAGCCCCGAGGAGGGCAGCGCGCGGCUGCGCCACUUCUUCGAGCGGCUCGGCCUCGAGCCGAGGCAGUACGACGCGCUGCUGCGCGACCAGCCGCCCGAGAGCCCCGUCUUCUUCUCGUCCGCCUCCACGGUCGACUCCAACCAGCUGGCCGCCGCCGCCGACUACACGGUGCAAGGUCCGGGCGUGCAGAAACAGAUAUACCGCAACACUGAACCGCCGAGCGUGGUAGAACGAAACGCCCGCAUCAUCAAGUGGCUGUGCCAGUGCCGCAAAACGCAGAUGCAGACCCCGCAA